UUACAGACCUGGCAUCCCCUGUACCGGUCAAACUAAACGACACACACUCAAAAUCAAUGGCGGACGAAGUUGAGCAGCCCCCGUCUACCAACACGGUAGAGGAGCCUCUGGAUCUGAUCAGACUCAGUCUAGAUGAGAGGAUCUACGUGAAGAUGAGGAAUGACCGGGAGCUCCGCGGUCGACUGCAUGCCUACGAUCAGCACCUGAACAUGAUCCUUGGAGAUGUGGAGGAGACGGUGACGACGGUGGAGAUCGACGAGGAGACCUAUGAAGAACUAUACAAGUCAACCAAGAGGAACAUCCCCAUGCUGUUUGUCAGAGGAGACGGUGUUGUCCUUGUGGCACCGCCCCUCAGGGUGGGCUAACCCCACUUCCUGUUUGUGAGGGAGUGUUUGUGGCAGCUGGGAAGCUUCUAACUGCAGGAGGCUGAAACAUGGCUGCGUUCAAACACAUCCAGCCCCCUCAGGUCAGACUCUACUGUCAAACCCCCCCCCCCCCCACACUCAUCAUUCAGAUACUACCACAAACUCUCUACUUUAUUCUGUGGGGCUGCAAGAAUUAAAAGCACUUUUUGACAAAGAAAGAAAGAUGACUUUUGGUUUUGGAGAAAGAGGGCUUACUUCUGAGGUUUUAUUUGGGCAAAUUAUUAUUAAAUUGAUUUUGUGUCAUUUCAGGCAAUCGUUUCCUGAUAUCCUCAGGAUAUUUUUAUUUGAUUUUGCUCUGUACACCAAAUGUUAAAUACACACCCAUUUAGUGAAGCCAGAAAAAAAUAUCAUAAUUUCUAAGAACAAAAUCUCAACUCUAGUUUGUGGAGGAUCGCAAUUAUUAAAAACAUGUUUUGAAAAAAUAGUUUUUUUGUUUUGUUUGGGCAAAUUAUUAUGGGAUUAUAGAAUAUUUCAGGCCACAAUUGUUGUUCUUAUUCUCAGGAUAUUUCAUUUGAUUUUAAAUUCAUAAAUCCACACAGUUUUAGUUAAGCCAGAAAAACAAAUGUUACUUUAAUCACCUUGAGUUGUUCACCUUUACAAGUCUCUACAAGUGCCAUAUUAAGUUGCAAACAUCUUAUCAUGGUUUUUGGAAACUAAACUGCCUCACGUGUGUGUGUGUUAACUUGUGUUUGUCGAGUGUAUUUCAAGUAUUACCAGACAGCAGACUGAGCAGAGGGGUUUUAUGUAAUUGUUGACCUUUCUCAAGUGAAACUUUUUGUUCUAAGCAGAAGACUUGUGCAGUUACCCCGAAUCCAUCAUCUGUGAAUAUUUGGAAGCUUGAGUUCCUCUUGGACGGUUUUAUUUUAUGUUUUUUUAUAUAUAUUUUUGUAGUGUUUGUUGGACUUGAGAGUACAUCAUUUUCAGAUAUGUAAACAUUUGUUUUCAUUUGGUUUUGGUAACUUGAAUAAAAAAGGUAAUUUGCAAAAAA